UUUCUUCUUAGUUAACUAGAUGGAAAAAAAAACAGAGCUCCCGCGAUCGCUUGGCGAUCUGGCGGCGACGGAGAGAAAGAGGUGGUGAGAUGGCGGCGGCAAAUCCGGCGGAGACUCCGGCGAGGAGAGGCGUCAAUACGGGCGUGGGCUCCGGCGGGGGGCUCAUCCCUGUGUUGGAAUGGGACGACAUCAAGGCCAAGUCCAGGCGCAUACUGCGGCGAUCCACAAAUCGAGCGAGAUGCUGGGAAAGGAUGAAGAAGCGGGCAAAGGAUCUACUCCACGGGAGCCCAGGUAGGGUGGAAACAGUAACGGAUGGAGAUGGGGUAACUACACAUGUAACAAAGGAGACAGAGGGGAAAGAAGAGGCAUAUGUGCAGCAGAGGAGAGAAUCGGUUGGAGAUGAUGGCGCAUCGGCGGCCUCCGAGGAGGAGGUCCGCUGGGCCAAAUGAAAAUCAUAGAUUGGAACUGCCGUGGUAUGCUCUCCCCCACGGCAGUUCGCGGGCUCUUGGAUCUACAAGGGCGAACCAAGGUAGACUUAUUUUUCUUUCGGAGUCUCAUUUGAAUAAAUAUAAAGCCGGUGAGCUAUGUCGUGUUUUUGAUUUUGAUUCGAUGUUUGUAGUGGAGAGUGAUGGUCGGACCGGUGGCCUUAUUAUGUUUUACCACAAAAUGAAUAAAGUUGUUUUAAACUAUGUGUCGGCUAAUUUGAUA